AGUUUCAUUUUAGCAAAAACGCAACACCAAACUGGAUGCCAGAGGAGGUGAUCACAGAAGCAGUAUAAUAGAGAGCAGGGAGAGUCGUUUCUUAAGUUGAACUUAGUUCCAGCUGCGAGAUGGAGACUGGAAGCCAGUACGUGAGUAAACUCAAUGAGUACACACAGAAAAUGAGACUGAAACCUCCCGUGUACGAGGACCUGGGCUCCAGUGGACCAGAUCAUAUGAAAAUUUUCACACAAAGAGUGAGUUUAGACGGCAAGGUCUUCCCUGAUGGUUUGGGAAAUAGUAAAAGAGUUGCCAGACACAAUGCAGCUAAAAACGCAUAUGAAGCCUUGAUGAGACGCCCAGAGGAGUCAGCUUCUGCCCCCAGAACUGUACAUACUUCAGGCCAAGAUGUGGACCAACCAUCAGGUGUAACAGGAGAUACUGAUGAACUGUGUGAGAAAACAAAUCAUCUAAAUGUAAGCAAACAGGACACAACAAAUAAAACAGACUUUGUGUCAAUGGUCAACAUUUACUGCCAGAAAACAAAGCGCCUCAAUAACUACAUUGAAGAAACCCCAGAGGCCCAAUCCCAAAAGCCAUUUGCUUAUAGCAUGGAGAUUGACCAAAAGCGCUAUCCAGUGGGAACAGGAAUGACCAAACGAGAGGCUAAACAAAUGGCAGCUCAGCUGGCCUGGGCUGCUCUACAGAAGCAGUCAGAUUGGGAUAGUAAGGUGUCAGUAGGAUCAACAAUGUCUCAAGAUGAAGACUCAGAAAUGUUUUCAACAUCAGCUACAGGAUCAAAUAUUCUGGAGCCUGACUUUUCUAGUCAAAGCGCACAGUCCAGUAGUGGAGCUAGCUGGAUACAAUUCAAAGACUCAUCCAAAUCUUCCCCCGUCCAAGGCAGCUCCAGUACUCAGGAUACUGACCUGGAAAAAAAUACUAAGAAUGAUCUGACUCCCAAAACUUCAAGGUUUACUUCAGACUAUGACUGUAUUGAGAUUCUUGGAAAUGGAUCCUAUGGUCGUGUUUACAAAGCAAAAAAUCAAGUGCUGCAGCAAUACCGUGCUGUAAAAGAAAUACAGUCUAAAGACAUAAAGAAGUCUCUUCAGGAGGUGAAGGUACUGUCAGAGCUGCUCCACCCAAAUAUUGUGAGAUAUUACACAUGUUGGUUUGAGGACACUGGAUACAGACCAACAGUAUAUAGGUCAAAUGUAAAAUACCUCUUCAUUGAAAUGGAGUUCUGUAAUGGAGGAACGCUCCGGCGCUGGAUACAUAAGAAGAACAAAGAGCCUAAGGAAAACUCAAGGCAAAAGGAAAGUCUAGAUCUCGCUGAUCAGAUUUUAAGUGGUGUAGAGUAUAUUCACAGCAAGAAACUCAUCCACCGAGACUUAAAGCCUGAAAACAUCUUUUUUGGACAUGAUGGAAAACUAAGGAUUGGGGAUUUUGGUUUGGUCACUGAAGACAGUAAUGACGAUGAAGUGGUGGAGAGAACCGAAGACACAGGAACCCGCAACUACAUGGCUCCUGAACAAUUUGGUACAACAUAUGACCGAAAAGUGGACAUUUGGGCUUUGGGCUUGAUUUUGUUUGAGCUCUUCUGGAGAACUUCUACUGGCCAUGAAAGAGUGGCGAUCUGGAGAGAUGUCCGAAAUCAGGACUUGCCAACAGAAUUUACCAGGACUUAUCCGGUAGAGAGCCAUAUUAUUAAAACCACGCUCACUAAGAAGCCUGAAGACAGACCAGAAGCCAGCGUGCUGAAAUCUGACUUACAGAAGUGGACUCGGACAUCAGAGGAGGACAUUGACCAAAAAACUAUCUGAUUUUACAGCCAGUAGAUUGCAUUCAUAUGACCAAUUCAUUCACAAUCAUAUAAUAUUUCAAGGUGGAGGUUUUCUAAUAAUGAGCUACUUGUGUCAUAUACUUGUGAUGGGAAAGUAAUGAAAUCAUUGUGUCUACCAUUACUAUCAUUAUUAACAUUGCUCAUUUUAAACUUGUUUGAAAUCAUAUGCUAUGAAAAUUCUGAUGAAUUCUCAAAUCAACAGAGCUGGACGUUUUAUUUUGAUCAUGACCACAGCAUUUUAAAUAAAUAUCAUGAGUUAACAUUUUAACUACUAUGGACCAUUAUUUCAUAUUACAUGACACGGUGUAGUACUGACUAUAGAAAAUUUUGCACCUGUGACAGUGGCCAGUAGAUGGAGCUAUGACUCCAUCUAAUGGCUCUGUAUGAGCGCGUUAAAGCGAAUUUGCCUAUGCACUUACACGGGGCCAGUUGCACUAUUUUAGUUUCAACCGUGCCCCCAUGAAACAAAAGCAUCUUAAAGGAGAUUAUUGUUAUGCAAAAUGCUUUUAACCUUGUUACCGUUCCCUGUUACUCAGAGCUGUAUUUUCAUUCAUGUUUUUUUGUAAUUCUGUACUGUCCUGCAACUGGGGUUCAAAAAAUUUGUUUUCACUUAUCACCUGUUCCCUCCCACUUCUCUAUACUAACCUGUGUUUAUUCCAGAAAAAUAGACUCAUGGCCAUAAUCUGCUGCUUGCUACAUUAAAAAAGCUACUAUGAAGAGGUGGGACAUAUCAAUUUUGCAUUUUAAUUGACUUCAAAAUUCAGUUAUAAAAGACACUGUCACAAAUAAAAAACAAUCAAAUGUGACCAUAGGGGUAGUAUUAGGAGUUACUCUGGGUUACUCAGAGAUUCUUCUCCAUAGCAUGAGCCUGGAUAUUAGGUCUCAGUUGGGACAUUAUACAGGUUGUAUUGCAUAUUAUCUCAUAUUAGAUGCAUGAAAUAAACAAUGAUGUAGCAGAGGAAACCCCAACCUGGCUCCAGACAGUGGGAUUACAUGCAAACCCCACACAGAAAGCCCAGCAUGUUGCUUGGUUUAUUUGUCUAUAUAUACAUAUUUUUUUUAUUAUCUGUUUCUGGGUUGUAACUUCACUGUUUAAUUUCUGAAUUCACUCUACUCUUCCCUUUCACUGCUUCUUUCCCCAUAAACAUUCAUUUAAGUCC